AUGAGCCUGUCGGCCCUCGCGUGCCUGGUCCCCCUGGCGCUCGCCCUGCCGCAGAUGCAGCAGGCGCCGUGCGCGCCGGUGCAAAUCAUCGUGGCGCGCGGCAGUCUCGAGGCCCAGGGCGCCGGCCUGCUCGGCAACAUCGCCAACAAGUCGGCGAUGCAGAUUCCGGGGUCGGUGGUGAUGCCGCUGGUGUACCCGGCGCAGCUGGACCCCUACCCGCCGUCGGUGUCGGCCGGCGUGACCAACAUGACGAACCUGCUCAACCAGCAGGCGCAGGCGUGCCCGAACAGCAGGUUCGUGUUGAUGGGGUACUCGCAGGGCGCGCAGGUCUCGUUGGACACGCUCUGCGGGACGAGCGACGGGCCGAACUUCAACGCGACGCAGGCCCAGGCGCCCAUGAUUGGUAACAAGAUUGCCGCGGUCGUCCUCUUCGGUGACCCGACCAGCGUCGCGACGCAGCCCUUCCAGAAGGGAACCGCCAAGAAGAAUGGCAUCUUCCCCCGCCAGGACUUCUCCGCCUGCAACGGCCUCAUCAACAAGGUUGCCUCCUUCUGCGACGAGACGGAUCUCUUCUGCGCCUCGGGCCAGAACCUGACCGUCCACCUGGGCUACUUCCAGAACCAGAAGUACAUCGACCAAGCUUCGUCCUUCAUCGUUCAGAACACCCGGUAA